UCUCAAAAAAUUAAAGAAAAGAAUCAUCUCUAUUAACAAUUUCUUCUUGCUUAUAAUGUGCCUGUUCUUGCAAGAAAAGUAUAUCCACAUAUGAACAGCAUUUAUCAAAUCUAUCACCUCCAUUUCAUUUACACAUCAAAAUCUACUUGCAAGAAAUGGAUCAAAGAGAAGAUCAGUUUCAAACCAAAGGCAUUUGCAGCAGGCUUUACAACUUCAUGACAAAAACCCUAGCAAUAUAUGCCCUAAAGAGUGUCAAAUUAGGCCAUCCUUUGCAUAAAAAUUUCGCCAGAGCACGGACGAGGCCUCCCUGCAACAGUGAUCUAAUGGUGCAACCUGUGACUCAAGAAGAAACACCAUUUGAAGGUGUAGAGCAAACCCUCAAUAUAAAGAAUUCAGACCCCUUUUUUCCAAAUAGCUCUUCUAUAAAUGGUCUCAAGCAAGAAGGCAAGGAGCUUCAAGAAGUUCAAGAAAAUAACAGCAACUUCAAUGGAGAGAAAAUUGAGGCAAAAGUUCCAAAGAAAGUUGUUAGCAUAAAUGACAGGGUAGAGGAGAUAGAUACAAGUAAGAAGAGGAUAAGAAGGAAGAAGUCAAAGGAAAAUUUGACUUCAUUUGAGCAAGAAGAAGAAGAGCCUAAACCCUUGAAGUCAAUUCUCAAGGUGGGUUCUUUUUCAGGUGAAAAAUCAAAUUCUUUUGUUAAUCGUACCAGCGAUGAAUGAAGGGCAGCGGGAUGUUCACUUCUUUACGUAAAAUUCAAUAAUAAUAAUAAGGAUUAAUUAUUAUUUAAUCCGUCUAAUUUGUUUAGUCCCUAUAUUUUUAGAAAUAUAUUAAUAUGUCUUCGUAGUUUGUACU